AUGCUGUCUGCAAGGAAAGCAGCUUGGCUUUUUCUUGCCUUUGAACGGGUUCUAAGUGCACAGAUACCUCUGUCGAGCCAUCCGCCUCUAUCCUUCUACCCGGGGCUCGAAACCGAUCUUGGACAGUGGGACCUUGAUGAAGGACCUGCGGUGAACGCGACAGGACACCUAGUGUUCGAAACGGUCAAUUCUCUGCUUCAAAUCUGGCCAAAUACACGUCAUCGUAUUGGUCAUACAAUAGUCCCAGGAAUCAUCCCCGUGGGCACUAUUCUCUACCAUGGAGCCGCCGGUCCCCAUUUACCGACUGCUUUGGAUUGGGUGGCUGUAGAGCCAGAACACUCCAUGCUUUUCUGUCAAGGGUCAAUCGAAAAAGGAUGCUGGCACCUCACUCUUACAGUCACUCGACCGAUGAAAGUGCUGUAUUUUGACGGAAGCAGCGCUGCGAAACUUCUCGAGGGCACCAUGGACACCCAAGAUCUCGUGGCAUGGUCGGAAAUGAAACCUGAGUGGGUGGAAAAUGAAGAGCAGCGCAUAAAGGAUCUGUGUAAAUGGGGUCGGAAAUAUGGGGUGAAUGGCUUUGUGAGGAUGGAAAUGAAUUUUGAGAUCAUGAUCUGCAACUUCACUUCUCACAUGGAGGCCGUUUCAUUCUCGAAUCUCGAAAGCACUCGGCUCAGCAGCAGCACAAAUCCAGAGCUGCCUGAGGACCCCAAUACUAUGCAUUACGCUUUUGAAUUAAUGCAUUCUUCAUCAUGGCACGACUAUUAUCCAGGAGAAACUCGAAUCAUGCUUGAUUUUUCUGGGCUAGUCUCUUUCUACGAUACCGAUCUUGUUCCCUCCUUGGUGCCGCGCCGUGUAGGCUUGGAGCGGUGGGAUCAUCGAGUAGCAGGAAUAUCAUCCGAGGAUAUAGAACGUGUCCAAGACAGGCUAGCUCAAGCGUUGGUACGACCACCCGUGACAACCAGCGGCAUUGACUGGAAAACGGUCUUGCGAGUGGUGGUUGAUCGAUAUGCCAGCCGCCUAGAGUUUAUGCAUCACCUUUUGAACCUGACGUUGGACGAUGGGUCAAUCUUUAACCACGCACAGCAAAUUCAGAGACAACUGCGCACCGUGCUUCUUCCUUACACUGUGUUUGCAGCUUUACCUCCCAAUAACUCCUUCACUGCCAACGCGACAAAUUCAUGGGCUGCGCCAGUUUUUCGAGAAUGUGCUACGUCGCACACGGCGUCCAUAGUGUCUCGUGGAACGACACUGAUGCCCUCCGAACGCUCGCUCCUGCAGGCGGUUCGGGAAACUACGCAUGAAAUAUGCCGCGUCGUCACGAAGAUGUGGGCUUCUGGAAUGAUUCUUGGAGUCGACCCUCUUUAUCCUCCAGAACUACGCCCUGAAACUGAUCACAUACGUACUCUCAUGGAUGAAUGGAAGGAGGAUGUGACGCAGCUGCUCUCCUGGUUAGAUUGGAGCGUGUGGGUCAAGUGCCGACCGGCCUGUGGUUUCGAGGAGAUGUGCUAUUUGCCUACUUGGCCCAUAGGGUUUUUCCCGACUCCCGGCGCACCACCUCGAGCUCAAUGGGAUAAUACUUCCUUAUGGCCAGACCCAAACAACGGGGAAUGGAGGAGACCACAGCCGAAAUGCAUCAGGCGGCUGGAGCCAUAUGGUUUUUAG